AUGCAACGCGAGAUUGAUCGGUUACGAACUGCCCGCGCUUCUGCAACGCCUCCUCCCAAAUCCUUCGAGAGUAGGCCUGCGUCCUCGGUCGAGCCUGUUGACGAUGCCGCCACGCAUCUGAUGUUGGAUUCUGGUCCUGAUACUGUUGGAUGGCCACCGCUGGCCCCGUCCUUUCACGAUUUGGAGCCUCGCAUCAGCAAACCAUCAUCAACCGGUGCGAAUCUCUCAAGCGCAUUGCCGCGGUGCGCCAUGUCUCAGUCACUGAAUGGCGUCCAUGUGGACGGCCUCAAGAUUGAUGAUUGCUUCCAGCUGUACUUUAAACACUACCACCCCAUGCUGCCCAUAUUAGACGCAUCAUGCCGCCCCGACACCUACUAUUAUAAGCUCUCUCCCUUUGUCUUCUGGUGUGUGGUCAUCACCGGCUCGCGGAGGUACGAGCUCGACCCGACGCUACUUGGCCGUCUCUCACCUGGCGUGACUGUCCUGGCAUCAAAAGCUCUACAGCAAACGUCGUCCUACUUUUCAACCAUCCGUGGUCUCAUGAUCCUGUGCACCUGGCCGCUCCCCAUGAAGACCAUCCUCGACGACCCAUCUCCGAUGUACUCCGGGGCGGCCAUGCAGCUGGCCUUGCAGCACGGACUCCACAUGCUGCAGCUUCGAGGCGCCGUCGCCGACGUAUCUUACGAGCCUUUCCUGGCGCGAACGUGGGCGUAUCUGGAGUUUUCGUGUCACUGUACAAGUUGGUCCUGCGGUAUGCCGCCUCAUCGUUGUCUCGACGCGUUCGACGUCGAAUUGCCAUGCUCCUCCGAUGCUUCGAGGCUACUACCACCCAGCACAUACUGGAUGCAAAAGUUCGAGAAAGUGGUCGCUCGCGCCGACGAGGUGCUGGCCGACACCGUUCGCUCAGGGGGCCCGCUCGCCACCUUGAGAUCGCUUAUCAACGUCUUUGAUGACCAGAUUCUCGAGGUCUCCCGCAAAGCGCUGGAAGACAUGCGCUCCGACGCGUCCAUGACGGCCACGGGGGCCAGAACGGACGACAGCGUCCUCCCAAACCCCCUGAUCGUGACAACCGCGAGGGUCCACGUCAACGCGUACCAUUUCUUCGGCGCCGACCCGUCGGAGCACAUGUCGGGCCUGGUCGAGUUGUCGCAUCUGAUCCGUCAGUUUGCCGAGCAGGCCUCGAAAAUGGACGGCAACAGCGACUGGGCAUUCUACGCCUCGGAGCCGUACUUCCGCCACAUCUGCCUGCUCCUGGCGAUGCUGUUGCGGAUGUCGCACAGCCGCCAUCUCCGAUUGUGGAUCGACAUGAAGCAGGGCGAACGCACCUUCUUUGCCCUGCUCAAGCUGCUGAAACGGCGGAGCCUCCAGUUUGGAGAUGUCAACGCCCACGUGGUAACGCUGUUUUCGCAGCUGUGGCAUGACGAUUCGAUCUUCCGACUGCAGGACGGGUCGCAGGACAGCCUACACGUCCACACGCGUGGACGGGGGGCUUUUGGGAUUCUGUACGACUGCUUGACGCCGCCUCGACCCCGAGACUCCUCGCACGCCCCGGUUGAGGCUCUGCAUGCGCGACCCGGAGGCGAUGCACUUCAUGACGUGUCGUGUGCUGGCACAACGGCUCUCACCAAUGAAACCUCCGUCGACAGCCCUCUUCCCGCCGACGAUGAUUUCCUCGGUGCGCUCCCCAACGAACUGUCGUGGGAUUUUGUACAUGACGGCUCCCAAUGGCCCAACGAGAGUCUAUUCUGGGAAGCAUGA